AUGAAUUUGAUGUGUGUGUUAAGUGAGGAAAUAUUUUCGGAGGCACCAUCUGUCGAAAAGGUGGAGGGCGACGCGAGGGCGCUGAAGCGGGGGGAUGCGCGUGCGGCGGCAGGCGCGCUCCGCCCGCUCCCCCGCCGCCCGUGCCCCCUGUGCCCCCCCGCGCCCCUCCCACCAUCAACCCCGCAUCCUUUGCGCGCCCUGGAUGACAUGCCGCCAGUACUUAGGUCUAAUCCAAUAUAUACGGAGGAAGAGGAGCAAGAGGUAGUGAUAAUUGUGGAUUCGCUAGAGGCGCCCGAGGUCCCCGAUGCUCCUCGUGUUCCACGUCGCGCCCCUUCCACUUCUUCAGGCUACGGCAGCGGCGGUGGCAGCCAUGGCCGCGUAUCGCCAACAUUACCAAAGAUCGAAACCUACGAGCCGGAGCCGACACGACGGCUAUCCGACUGCGAAAAGAAUGAAGGAUCUCAUACCACGUCCGACUCUGACGGGAGUCCGAGUUGCACACUGUCUAGGAGCUUGAAGGAUGAUAUUAGAUCAUGUUUGGGAGGGUGCAGUGAAUACCGGUGUUCCCCCGGUGUCAGUAAAUGGGAGCGGGAGGUGGAGGCGGUGGUGGCGGCGGCGGCGCGGGGUGCGGGCGGCGCGGGGGAGGCACGCGCGCGCCUGCAGGCGGCGCUGCGGGCGCUGCACGAGCCCGCGCUUCGCUACUGUGGGCCCGGCGUGCGUCCCGGUGACGUCACCAUGCUUCCCAAGAACAACCUCUCCUUACUGAGUAAACGUUAA